CAGUGCCGUCGACCGAAGGUCAGUGGAUGUUCGUCCGUAGCGUUCGACGUGUGUUUCGCUAGGUCGCUUUCCGUGAUAAUUGUUGCUCCCGUGGUGUCCACCGCCGUUUCGUCGUGUGUACGCCGUUCCGCCGAUGACGUCCACCGCAGUCGGCCGCCGACCAUUAGCGUUUCGUGCGCGCCACGACCGCAUCGCAGCCGUUGUCGUCGUCUACGCGUUGCGUUAGAUCGAUAAAAGCAUAUAUAGAGAGAGUGAUCGCCGUACACGGCCGUCGCAGUCACUAUUACAACUACGCGACCUGAUAAUACAAUUAUAUUAAUAUAUUCACCGUGUACGGACUCUUGCCACGACUGUCUCAACGACGUCUAGGUGUGACGACCGCCGUAACAUUCGGUAAGUAACCUGCGAAUAGGGUUUUUUCGGGGUUCAGCGGUGUACGCUCGCGAUAUUCGACUACCUACCGUAUAGGGGGGGCACGACCGGCCGAGGCGCCAGCGGGCCGUCAUCGCUAUGAACGGGCCAAAGGAGGCCUCGGACGCUCCAAUGACCCAGAUUCUUUAUGUGGUUGCGGUCUAGACCCGCAAACUACCGGAAAAGAAGUUCCGUAGCGGGAUAUUAUUAUGUCCUAUAUACGUUGGUGGACGGUGUUUAAUAGUACUAUUGCCUAUAUUAUUAUUUACAACUGUACCACUAGCCCCUGAUAACAGUCAGUGGACAGGGAAGUAUGUGAUAACGGCGACGCAGGCCUGUCGUUUGAGAAUAAUAAUAUAAUGACCCCGCGGCCCGGGGGGGUUAUCGUCUGCGACGACUUUUUUCUUUUUGUCUAUUUUCGUCCGUACGCCUGUAUUUCUAAAAUGUUUUCUCUGGAAUCCCACUCGUUUGUUAUUGUCCCGUCGAAUUUUGUAUUAAAUUACUACGCGCGCGUUUGAUAUCUGUGAAAUUUUUUUUUGCUCUUGCAUCCUCCGCUCCCUCCCGUAAUCAAUAUUCGUAUAACAUAAACAACUUCUACCUUGUCAAUCGUAUCUUCAGUAGGUUUUUUAAAUUCGAUUGUAUCUAUUGUAAAUAUUGUGCACGUUUAUUUAUUUAUUUAUUAUCAUUGUUAUUACAUUUUCGCUCCCGUCAAAUAAUAAUUAUUGUUCAGUAGUUUUUUGGUUUUUCGUCUCUUGUCACGUAAGUUUUUAUUUUUGUAUUCGGAGACGUAAUUGAUAAAGGUCCUCUAAGAGUAACUCUCGAUGUUUUGGUUACUAAAUACAGGUUACCCGUAGUAUUCAAUUUAUUAUUUAAUAUUUACUUAGGCUAUUUCACGGACGUUUGUUGCCUGAGAUGUUUAUUUUUCCCAAAGUAUUUUUUAUCAUUUCGCACAUUCCACUGUGUCGAUCUAUUUUAUCCAUAUAUAUAUAUAUAUAUUACUAUUUUAUUUUUUUACAGAAAAUUAUUACGAGUACAUCUAGAUAUUUGAUUAAAUGUACUCUACCUAUGUAUAAAACUCGUAAUUUUCUUAUUAAUUUGUAAUCCACUACCUAUAAUUUAUUAAUGUGUCAGUGUGUUAGGUUGAUACAAUUGUUCGCAAAUCAAAUAAUAUCAUAUUUACUAUACUUCAACUACCUAUUUCAUUGACAAACACAAGAUUGUUUGAAAUGUAAAACAUUUUUGUAAUCAUUAGACACCUGAAUGUAGUCUUAUCAGAUGAGUUUUUAAAUGUCUGUUUUUUUAUUAUGGACAGUGGACAAAUAACCAUAAUUUAUUACUUGUUGGUUUUUUUUAUUAAAUUUUCCAAUAGAUCUCUUGUGGUUGACUCAUAUAUUUAUCAGUUAAACAAUUUUGUAUCUUGUAAUUAAUAUAACUAUAACCAUUGAUUAUAAUAUAACCAAUGCUAUAAGGUCGUCAGAGUUGAACAUUUUAAUACAAUAUUCAUUUAUCUACCGAUUGCUAUACUCUAUUCAGAAUAAGAAGACAAUAGUUUGCACAACAACUAAGUAUUUAAACAUUGCUGGAAUGACAGAACCUCGACCGUUAAUCUGGUUAUUACUAACUACACACGUAAAAUAUGCUAACUGGGACGUGUUUUCGUCUGCCACUUGAUUAAUGUUUUCUUGUUCUAAAUAGAGUAUACCAUAAAACUCUUUUUUCCUUAUACUUGUAUUAUGAGUAGUGGUUAGGUUGUAAAAUAAAUUAAAACUCAGAAAAAGCCAUCUAAUGAGUACUGUCAUAACCCUUAUACAUUUGCUUAUAUCUACUCCAUAUUAAUUAAAUUAAUUAUUCUUGUGCUUUACUUAAAAUUAAUUCUUAGUAGGUAAGUAUUUACCUCAUGGAUUGCUUUAAUUUUGUUUAUUGCUUAUGAAGUUAUGAAUCUAGUUUAUAUUUUACCAUUGAGUUGUUAGUUUAUUAUUAAUAGAUUACCUAAUAAAAAUAAAAAUGCUACUAAAUUAAAUGUUUUUUUUUUUUUUUUAGGAAUUUAGCCUCACACAUAGUAGACCUGAGCAUUUACAUUACUAGCUGAAUAAUUAUUAGCUUAAUGGAUAAAAGAGGUUUUGAGGAUUUACAUCCUAUUAUUUUGUACAUAAAUGGAUAAUUUCAAUAUACCAUUGCUUAAGCAUAGUGAAAUGGACAAUAGUAACAAUUGCUUUAUCAGUGAUCCAUCUCUAUUUUCCCAUUUGGAAAUAGACCAAGAUCAUGAAUGUCUUAAACAGUUUUUAUUGGAUCAAGAUAAGACAACUGCUCAUCCACCUCUACAUGUCCCAAACUACGAUCCAUUAUCGUACAAUAAUAUGUUGCAUCCAAACAAUAACAUGAUGCAAGAUACAUAUCGGAACCAACUAGAUUCAAAUCAGUCACUGAGUCAGGGUUUUAACAAGGAUAACUCAAAUUUCAUGAAUGAUUCUUAUGGUGGUUAUACUGUAUUAACACCAAAUCCUUCACCUAUGGCUUUUAAUUACAAUCCACAAACAUUAGGCUCAAAUUUUAAUUCAAUGGACACCUCUAAUUCGGCGAUCUUACCACUACCUGGUUUUGACACUACCUCCUUGUCAAACCAUGUAGACACUUUUAUGCCUUUAGUUGGUACUACAGGACCAUCGAAUAUUCCUGAUUUUAGUAAUAGACAAAUAAGGAACGAUCAGUAUUCUCCUGGUAUUUCUCCAACCAUAGCUAGUUUUCCUACACCUGUAAGUGUAUCUGAUAGUCCAGGCGCUGGGACCUUAAGCGCAUCUCCAAUGUGUAAUGGAGAAAGUUCCAGUUUAAGUGACAGUGUUAUUAGUCCUGCAACUACACAAAGAACUGGCAGUGAAAGGUCUGUAGAAACAAAUCCACGAUCGAUUGAAAGUGUAUCGAGUGAUCUAUGUUCACCUAGAGUUGAUUUAGAGUCUUUAAUCAUACAGCCCCCGUCUACUCAAAACAUUACUAAUGGAGAGGUUUCUAGAGCUACAAUUGUUCCACCUCCUACACUUAAACCAAAACCAACAACUGCUAAUGGCGUUACUCUUAACAAAUCUGGGAAACCUCGCAAACGGCGUUCAGCUCCAAAAGAAAAAUCAGUCAAACCCAAGAAACCUCCUGUAGGCUCAAUAUAUCAUAGUGAAAUUGCUGAUAAUGGUGGUAUUAAAUUGAAAAUAUCAUUAACUGCAAUGCCACAAAAGAAGAAACGUAAAAGUAGAAAAAAAUCUGAUGAAAGUAAAAUGCAAUAUGAUGAACCAGCCGAACAAAGUUCUUGGGGUGACCGACUGCCAGAACCUAUUCUUUUUGAAAUAUUUCGUUUAGCAACUAAAGAUGAAGGAUGCAUUCCAUUUCUUGUCAGGUAAAAAAAAAAAAUAAUAAAUAUAACUGUAAAUAGUAUGUUAAAUUAAAUUAAGAAUUUAUGUUUCAGGGUUUCUCAAGUGUGUAGGCUUUGGCGUAUUGUUGCUUCUGAUCCAUUACUUUGGACCAAUAUUGACUUAGCUGGAAGAUGGGUUUCAAAAAAUCCUAUUAGAAAUGAUAUUAACUUUAGAUGGCUUUGUGAAAAUCGACUUGCCAGAGUCCAGGAACUUAAUCUAGGUAAAUAUUUGAACACAUUAAUUUUUAUAUUAAUUAUAAUUUAUAUUUUCUAUUAUAAAUCAUUGAAUGUUUUUUUUAGGAGGGUGGCAGUUUACUGGCAUUCCAGCUAUACUAGAUAAAAUUAGUACGUCAUGUUUAGAUCUACGAGGGCUAUGUUUAACUAAUUGGGAAGGUCUAAGUUUGGACAAUGUUCGUUUUCUUGUCACCAAUUGCCACAAAUUAGAACGAAUAGAUUUAUCAGGAAUAAAUGUAAGAUUUAGAUUUGUAUAUACGUAUCUUAACACCUAAAUAAUCAAACAGGUGCAAUACAAUUUUUCACUAUUUAUAUUAUUAUACAUAUUUAUUAGUAUCAUUGUUGAAAUAUCAACUAUGUUUAUAAUGCUACAUUCGUUGGUCAUUUUAUUUGAAAAAGCCUUUUUAUGAAACUAAUAAGUUAUUGAACAAUGUUGUGGUAUACAUUUUUAUUCUACUAUUUAUUUUAAACUAGUAUAAAUAAUAAACUAAUAAUAAACUAGUAUAUAAUAUUAACAUUUUUACACAUUUAAAAAGUUAUUAAUAAAGAAAUAAGGUAUGCAUGUAAAAAUUAUUAUUUAUUAAUUUAAAAAAAAAAAAUAUAUAUUAUUUUAUUACGUUUAUUAUAUAGAUGAUAAUUUUUGAAUACAAUACACCCUAAAUUUAUUUAAUCAAUUAUAUUUAUAUUCAGUUAAUAUGGUGUAUGUGUUAUAAACCUAUACUUAUUGUUUAUGUCAUCAAAUUAUAAUUAUUUAAAGUUCAGAUUUUCAACUAUAAAGUGAUUAUUGUUUGAAAAAAAAAAAAUAUAUAUAUCAAUUAAUCAAGUUAAUACUUAUCAGAAUUUGAGAACUUAUUAACUGUGUAAGUCCUUUAAUAAUUAUAGAUAUUUUCCAAAAUAUUUUGUUUUCAAAACAUAUGCACUUAAUAAAUAUUUGUACUAAUUAAAAAUUAAAAGGUGAUAUAUUUAACGUAAAGCAAUUAAAAAAAUAUUUUGAAAAUAAUAUACAUAAAUACAUUUUUUGAUUGAUUGAAAUUGGCAAAAAAAGAAAAUCAAAUCAAAUUUGCUUAACACCUUUUUUAAUGAUAAGCGGGCAUUAGGUUCAAUAAUAUAAUUUAACAAAAAUACAUUAGUAAACAGAAAAGUAAAAUAUAUUAAUAAUUUACAAUUUAUAUAAAAUAUUUUUAUAAUAAAGUGAAAAUUGUUAAAUAAUUUGCAAAAUGAUUGUAAAAAUAAAUUUCUAUGCAUUGCAUAUACUAGUUGUUGUCCAAAGAUUUAGUUUUAGUAUAUAGUUGUGGAAGUAUAGGAUAACAUAAAUAUUAUUAACUGAUUAUAUAUUAUAUUGUAUUAAUAAUUUAAUAAUUUACUUAGGCUCAACAUAGCAGUGGCAAAAGUGGAGUGUGCCUAAAUUCUCUUAUGUUCCUGACACAACACAUGGGUCCGAGAUUGACACAUUUGAAUUUGGCUGACAAUCGACUUUCAGGGAUUAUCCAAUUAGUCAAUUCUUUAGCCGUAAGUUAUUUUUUAUUACAUAAUAAGAACUCAUUUUAAUUAGUUACAAAAAUUAAAUGUUUCAUUAUGGAAUAAUAAAAAAAAUAAUUCAUUCAAAAUAGUUUGAUUAUAAAUACCUUAGGAAUAUUGAAACUUCUAGAGUUUGAAACUUUGGAUUGCAAGCAUUUCUUUUACAAGGUGUUUGACAAUCAAACUAGGGGUUUUUGCUUUAGGAAUAAACAUCUGUGAGAUGUGCAGUAAUUAUUAUUAUAGCUAUAUAGAUGUAUAUUAAAAAACUUAAUAGUCUUUUGGUUUGUGAAUGUUUCAAAGAAAUUUGUAUGAGUUACGAUAAAUUAAAUACUAUGGUAAUAAAAACUCUAAUUUAAAUGAAAGUAUUUAAUUCAAAUUAAAUGUUAAUUUAUUUUAAAAAAUAUUGUAAAAUUUACGGAGGAAAAAUAAGGAUAACAAAAAAUAAUGUUAUAAUAAUAAUUGUUUAUAAUUAUUAAUAAUUGUUAAAAUAAAUGUUCCUUUUCAGAGCUGCUUGUUUCUUAAAUUAUCAAAAAAAAUUUUUUUUGAAAGUAAAUACUUCUCAAAAUAUCAAGUCUAGCUCAUCUAAAUAAUCUGUUUAUAUUAUAAUUAUAUUUUCAUGGGCUCCUACACAAAACUUUUUCAAUGAGGUCCAUUAGCUUUUAAAGACUAAAAUAAAUCACUAAGAAACACAUUGAAAAAGACAUCCUAGGAUAAUGGAGACAGGUGCAGCCAUUGUUAUAAAUAAUUUAAUGUAUACCUAUAAGCAACGAUAAACCAUUACUUACAAAAAAAAAACCGAUUCUGAGUGAAGUUCAGUUCAUAGUCAUGCUUUAUAAACAUGUCAUUUAUAAUAAAAUAAUCAAAUAGGUAUUAUAUAUUUUUUGUAAUAUGUGUUUAAUGUUGUACUGAUUUUCACGUUUUUCCUAUGUAUUUCCUGAUUUUCUUAUGUUUUUUCUGGUUUUCACAUUUGUUGGAAAACCGAAAAAUCAUCUUAAAUUUUCCAGUUGCAUUUCCUUUCAGAAAAUGUACUAUCAUUGUAAUUUGGAGUAAGAUGUCUAGUAGAAUAGUAGUGCUAAGAUAAAAAAAAAUAUCUAUGUAAAACCAUAAACUUCUUCGCUCCACUCAGAAUCCAAAAGAAAAUUAAAAGUUUUACCUAAAAUAUAAGCAAUAAAUCUAUUAAAUAUCAGAACAAUUCAUAUUCAAACAAUUUAAUUCUAUGGAGCUAUUAUUUAACAAAUAUUUUUAUCAAAUGGAUUUAAAAAUAAUCUACAUUGUUUUUAUUAUUGUUUCUGUACAAAUUGUGGUCAAGUUAGACUUGUUUUCAUAAUAAAAACAUUUUAAAUUUUGUGUGAAUUCAUUUUUUUGAAAAAUUUAAAUGUGAUGACUGAUGAGUAUAUUUUAAAAAAGAACUGAUACUGCUGAUAGUUGUAUGGGGGAAGUGAGGAUACAACUUUUUUUUUAUUUUUACAGAAUAUUACAUAUAAAUAUAAGUAAAUAAAUAUAUAGUAAGCUCGUAUGGGGGCUCAUGAAUCUUAACUAUAAUAAAUUACAAGUUAUUAAUAAUUAUUAAUAAACAGCAGCUUGUUGUAGUAACCACUCUGUUAUUUUAAAUUAACAUAUAUAGAAUAAUCAUGUAAUUUAUAUGGUAGGUUCUUAUAAAUAUUUGGACUAGUAUAUAGAAAAGAAGAUUGUGUAGGAUUUACAUAUAUUAGGGGUGAUAAUGUUAUACAAUUUAUUUCUGGUGUUAAAAGUAUGGGAAAUAGGUUUAAUUUGAUUAUUUUUUACUAUGAAAGUAACUGAUGUUUUAUGAAAAAGUUCUUUUUACUGUUAAAAUAUUUAGUUCCUUAUACAAGUUAUCAACAAGGAAGUCUCUGGUUUUAUUUAAAAUUAUUCUUAGAAUAUUAUUUUGUGUUAUUUAUAUUCUUUUUAUUUGUUGCAUCCCAUGCAAUUAUGCCAUAUGAUAGUGUUGAUUCUACUAAUGUCUUGUAUACAGUUUUAACUUGAUUUUGGUUAAAAAUAGAUCUAAGUUUAAAAGAGUAACAGAUUUUUCUUAUUUUUGCAAUAAGUGAGUUGAUAUGCUUUUUCCAUCUUAGAUUAUGUGACAUUUCUAUUCCUAAAUAUUUUACAUUAAAGUUAAUUUUUAAUAUAUUACUACAAAGCAUGACUUUAGGGUAGUACAAUGAGAUGAAUGUAAUAAAAUAUGAUCGAUAUUUGGGAAAUUAUUGUUAAUUAGGUAGUGGGGUAAGAUAAACAUUUUUUUUAAAUUAAAAAAUAAAUUAUUUUUAAUAGUCACAAUCUUGUACAUUUAAUAUUAGCCUGGAUUUUAUGGAAAACUUCCUCCCAUGUAUCAUCUAUCAUAAUAAGGGCUGUGUCAUCUGCAUAGCAAACAAGUUCUGCAUUUAAUGUUAGUGAUGUAAUGUCAUUUAUAUUCAUAUUAAAUAGUAGAGGAGAUAGUGCAUUACUUUAUGGGAGACCGCAUGCAAUAAAUUCCUCCCUUGUGCUUAGUGUCCCAUUUAUGUUUACAAAUAGUGUUCUAUAAGAUAAAUAAGAAUCAAUCAAUUUAAGUGUCAAAUUUUUUAUUCUGAGGUUUAAAAUAAAUUGCUAUUAAAAUAUGAUUCUGAGCAAAGUUCUAUUAAACAUGUUUGGAAAUAAUAUGUUUUUUUUUAUGAUUUUCGUAAAUAUUUUAAAUUUAAAGAAAUCUUAAACAAAUUUACUAAGUAUUCAAUUAUUAUUAUACUCUACUUUUUUUUUUUACCAAAAAGUAGAUACAAUCUUUUCUAAUAUUUUUGAUUGUCCAAAUCAAUUUUAUCCACGCUAAGGAAAAAAAAAAUUAAAACUUCAAAUACUUAGAAAAGCAAAAUUGUCAAUGCUUCUGGAAAACCCGGAAUAGUCAAAAAACUUGUGUGAAAUUCUGGAAGUUUAAUUUAAAACUUCAAUCUCUGGUUUUAUAAAUAUUAAUCAUUCAAAAUUUAAAAAAAAUCACUUAUUAUUUUGUUACUUAUUUUAUUAUAUAAAUACUAUAUAUUUUUAAAGCAUUUUAAAGUUUAUUUAUUUUGUUAUUAAAAAUGGUAUUCAAUUUUUAAAAAUUAGCUGUUACGUUUGUAGGUAAGAAGUAUACAUAGAAAUAUACAUUAAUUUAUUAAUUUAUACCUCUAAGCAAUGAUUUAAUUGCUAACGAAAUUAUGCUAACGAUUCUUACCGGAGUUUAGUUUUACAUGUUUUAAAAUGCCAUCAUUUUUAAGUUUAUUGUCAAAAUUUGAUCUUAAAACUCCUAUACAAAAAGAAAACUAGUUUGCAAAAUCAAAAAAUAAUUUUCUUAUUAGGAUCUCAAUCAGAUUUAAAAUUCAUUAAAAAAAGUCUUGUUAAACUUUGAUUGAAGCAAAUUUUUAUUGUAAAAGUUGUUUACAAACACAAACAAAAAAUGUUCAUCAUAGUAAAACCAAUACAUUCUUCGCUACGUUCAGAAUCUUAAAAGAAGAAAGUAAUAAAUAUAUUUUUAUUAUAUAUAAUUUGUUUACUCUUGUAAACUGGAAAAAAAAUAUUAUGGACAAAACAUGAAAUAGUCGGAAAAAAUUUUAAAUAGAAUUUUGUGGCAAUUUUCAAAUAGUUUAAAAAUCACUAGAAUGUUUUAAAAAAUGUAUCAAAUCUAUACAAGCCAAAUAUAUGUAUUCUGCCAAACAUUCAGAUUAUUCAAUUAUUUUUAACUGAAUUACACUAAAGCACAAAAUUUAUAAUAAUGAAAUCAUUAUUUUUGUAAAUUUUCCUGUUUUCCUAAGGGUUUUUCCAGUCAUUUAGAAAACUAAAAAUAAAAUCUGAAAUAAUUUCUUUAAUACACUUAACUAGAUACAAUUAUUUUCUUUUAGAAAAUAUGCUACACUUCAAAGUGUAGAAAAGUUGUUAACAGACACCAAAAAAACAACAUUUACGUGUUUGUUUUAACUAAUACUCUCCUUGCUGUGCUCAUAGUUAAAAAAAAAAAAGUAUUAUCCAAGAGUUUUUAUAAGUUGUUGUAGACAUUCUAACGACUAACAAGUAUAACACAAUAGCUGGUUCAUUUUAUCGUGGGUAACUUUACUGAUUAGAUAUAUUGAGAAUUUACAUAUGGCUAACAGUGAUUGGGUGAGAUAUAACUAUUGUUAAUGACCAUGAUACUGCUUUGUGGUGUUAACUGAAUUGAUUAUAGCAUUAGUUAUAGGUACCUAACCAUAUUUUAAUUGUAUUGUAAUAUUUCAGAGUUUUGCACUAAUUUAGUUAUAUAUCUUGGUUUUUGUAAUUAAAAAUAUAUUUUUCAUUGAUAUGUCUUCAGGUUGGUAUUACAAUCAUUGGUUAUUAUUCUGGUUAUGUGAAGAACUGUUAAUAUGCCGGGAACUAGUUUAUUUUCAAAUGUAUUAUAAAAUAUAAUAAUGAAUAUAGUUGCAAAUAAGUCUUGUACACCUAAAGAAAGCCACCAGUAGUGUAAAUUACACAAAAUCAUGUUCUGCUUUAUUUUCAUCAUCAGUAUCUUCAUAAUCUAUAAUACUAUCAAAUACAUCCUUCAUUAUAUCAAUAGGUAAUAUUUCACAGAAGCUAAAUAUAUAAUCUAUGAAUUGCAAUUUCAAAUGUUUUUGUUUUGAUUUGUAUACAUUAUUAUUUUUGAUAAGAAAGCAAAGUAUUAAUAAUGAGAUGCUCUUUAACGCUCUGUCACUUUUAGUAACUAGAAAAUAUUCAUGGGAAGUAUAACUGGUACAUAAUGGUUGUCUGUAACACCAGAUUUUAUAAUACUGGUUUUUCUUUCUAACAACCAUUAAAUAUUUAUCGACGUGUAUCCAAUGAUUGUAAUACUGGCCCUUACAAUUCUCUAUAAAAACUGGUGUAUAUUCAAAUUAUAAAUAUCUCUAAUAUAUUUCUAAAUAAGUGAAAACAUACUUACAUUUUAUUAUAUUAAUAUUAAAAAUACAACACCUUUAAAUUUUAAAGUUAACUUAACUUUUCUUAUAUAAAGUUAUUCAAUUUGUAUUAUAUAUAUUUUGAUGUUGGAAUGCAAGGGGUGAUUGUAACAUAUGCAUACUUAUAUUUAACUUUGUUUACUUAAUAAUGUCAAUAUUGUAAGUUAUUUAGCAUGUAUCUAUUAUUAAAUUUCAGACAAACUGCCCAAAUCUUCAAUCCCUUGAUUUGACUAAUGUCCGGAUGGUUGGUAAUACUGGACAUCUUCAUAUAGAACGAUUACAAGAAGGAUGUCCAAAAUUACGGGUGUUACGAAUGGCCACAAGCCAACUGUGUCUGAGUAAUAUUCCAUUAAACGAACAAGCUUCGUCACCAGGUUUUCCACUUUUGGAAGAACUCAGUGUUGCUACUAUUUCUAAUGACUUAAAUGCAUCAGGACAACCAUUCAUUGAUGAUCAAGCUCUGGAAAGGAUAUUGAAAACCUCACAUAAAUUGUAUGUCCUCGAUGUCAGAGGAUGUUCUAGAGUAACAGAUUCAAGUUUAGUGAGAGUACCUGCAUGGGAUUUGACCCACCUAUAUUUAUCAGGUAAUAAUAUGAACUAAUAAAAAGUUAUAAUUAUUCAAUUGGAUUUUUUUUUUUUUUAAAUUAAAACAAUACCUAUUUAAUAUUUAUAUUUUAUGGUUUUUGUUAAAAGGUUGUUGUGUUACUCGAGUAAACGAUUCUGGUCUCGAUCUGAUAUGCAAAAAGUGGAGCCAUAGUCUUGUGGAAAUUGAUCUCUCUUGGUCGACCAAUUCUAAUACAUUAGACGCAGCUGUUUUGGCCCUUUCGGAACAAGGAGAAAAAUCUAUGUUAAGGUAUUGAGUGUCUUGUUUAUAGUUUGUAAAAUAUGUGUUUUAUUAACGUAGCAAUAUGAUUUGUUUUUAGAAGAAUGGAUCUUACUGGUUCGUCUGUUAGCCUUGAACCAGUGAAAGCUGUAUUAAACAAGUGUCUCCGGCUUAAUUCUUUAAAUUUAGCAUCUUGUCGAGGCUUACCUAGAGGCAUUAAAAGGUUAUAUAAAGGUCAUUCAUUAGCUGAAUUACGAGCGCAGCUUAAUGAUAAACCUGAUUCAUCUCAAGAAUCUGAAGAUGGAGGCGGAUAGGGUUAACAUUUAAGGUACCUUCCAUUUCUUUUUUUGUUCUUUUUUUACUGUUUUUUUUUAUUACUUUUUUAUGUGUUAUUUUUAAGCAAUUGAGAAAUUGUUGUUCAAUGUGAUAGUUAUUAAUUUACAUUUAUUAUUAUUAUUAUUAUUAUUAUUAUUAUUAUUAUUAUUAUUAUUAUUAAUUAUUCUGCCGAUAUAUUAAAUAAUAGUACAAAUAAUAAAAAAAAAAAAACCAAAAACAAAUUACUACAAUAUUCAUUAUUCUUUUUCUGUAAGAAAAUAAUAAUACAACAAUAUAAAUCAAUCCUUCUCGUUGGUAUGUUCACUGUAAUUUUAUAUAAUGUUAUAGAUUUUAAUUCAAACCAUUAGAUGUAUUAUAAUUUUAUUAAAUGUUUUUAUAUCUAUUUCUAAAGAAAUAAGUCAAUUAAAAUAAUAUGGCUUGGAAUGCUAUUUAAUUAUUUUGUCAGAAUGAUUUUUUGACAUAUGUGUUCUGUAUCAGAUAUUAAGUACCUUUGUGUGAUAAUAUACAGGUUAGCUUUCCACAAUGUAUCCAUAGACCCCUUAUACUUAUAGACCGGCCUUCCCUUUAUCACUAUAUUCCUUUUAUUAAGAAAUGUGUUAAAAUAUAACACAUUUAUAUACAAUGCAAUAUCGGGUAUGCUGUUUGAUAAGAACUUGCUAGAAUAAUAUUUUGUAUUACAAAUUUUUAUUUGCAAAAAGUGACCUAGUAUAUAAGAAAAAAAUAUUUAAAUGUUAUUUUAUAUCUAUAGAGUGAUUAAUUUUUAUCACGAACCAACAAUCUGAGGAUUUUAAGUGAAUUUGCAUUCUGUUUUUUUUUUUAAUUAUUUUAAAACUAUUUUUAAUUUUUACCCUUUCCAUCUACUUCAAUUAAAUAUAUACUUUUAUUCUUCAAAUAGGGUAAUAAAUUGCAUAUCCAUUUUUAAAUUAAAUUGAUAAUCCUUCCAUAUUGCAUCAGUUUAAACUUUCAACUGCCAUAACUCAUAAACGGUAGGUAUUAGUUUUAGGUAUAGCAAAAUAAUUAGUAAAAUAUUACUCUGUUUCAAUCUAUGUUCAAAAAGAGGGUUCCUAUACGAGAAAAAAAGUAUGUAUGUAUUUAAGGUUUUUGGAGUAAGGGUUAAAAUAAAAAAUGGGUUUACAAUAAAGCUUUUAAACGAUUCAACAAUGAUUAAAAAAAAAACAGAAUUUGAAUUCACUUAAAAUCGAGAAAAUUGUUGGUUCGUGAUAAAAAAAAAAAAAAAAAAAAAAAAACAUAUAUCUGUACUAAAAUAAAAUUGCCCAAGUGAUAUAAAAAGUUUAGAAGCCACUUAACACAAUUAUUGAUUAAAAUAAAAUCUAAAUCUAAAUGUUUAAAUUAAUGUUUAGUCAUUUUUUGCACAUAUAUGUUUAACAAAUAAAAUAAUUGAUGUAGAAAAAACUGAGCCCAGUGUAUUAUACAUGUUGUGUGUAUUUGUACUAUUAUCUAAUGAUAAUUUUUCAAAUCUAAAUCAACUGUAAAUACAUACAAUCUAUAUAAGGCUAAGUUUUAUCAUAUUUUUAAAAUUUUAUUUGGAUUAUACAUAUAUAUAUAUAUAUAUUUUACAUUUGUUGUAUUCUUAUUUUGUGAGUAUAAAUCUCAAAAAUAAUUUCAUUUUAAUAUUUUUAUAUUGUAUCUGUUACUCAUCUCCAGAAGUCCCUCUUUAAAACGUUAAAAUAUGCAGGGCAUAUGUGACUAACUAGAGUGUAUUUUUAUUGUACUUUUAGUGUGGUUUGAGCAAAAAUUUACUAAUUGGGGAAGUUCACUUAAAAAAUAUUUCAAAUGUAAUUUAAAUGUUGAUUUCCUUUUCAGUAACUAUUAUAAUUUUAAAUUUCUAAGCAAAACAAAAAUAUAACAACACUAUUAUUUUUGGCAAAUAAAUGAAAACUAUUUUAAAGUAACAUUUUUAUGUUAUGUUAUCAUCAAACAUGCAUAAUAAAUCAUAAACUUGCAGCUAUUAUAAAAAUAAUUAUAUUCCAUACUUCAUGCAAAACACAUUCUUUAUAUUAUUCAGUGAUUUUGUUGAAAUGAUAGUCAAUUCAUAAAUAGAAAAACUAAGUAGAAAUGCAUGUGCCAAGUUGAUAUACUUGUUUUUUGUUGUUGAUUUUUUUUAUAUGUAUAAAUGAUCAAUGUCUGAUAUAUUUAAGGCUUAAGACGGCAUUAGCAUUCCUACAAUUUAUAAGACAUUUUUUUUUCAACAAAUUUAAAUUAAAUUGAAAAUAAAUUUUUCUGAAAUUAUUAUUUUUAAUCGAAAUUAUAUUUUUGUAACUAAACAAAAAUGUGUUUUCAUGUGAUCCCUCACUUUUUUUUUAACAAUCACAAUUACCAAAAAUGUGCACACUAUCCCAAAUACUUUAAUCCAUUAUUUUCUAAGCUAGAUUAUAAGUUAUGUUAUAGAUAAUCUAAUUAUUUUUGUAAAUAUUUCCUAACACUUGUUAUUAGUUACCUUUAUCUAUAUAUAAAUAUAUUUUUUAUUAGUAUUACUGUUUUAUAAAAAUCUGUUCUAAAAAUAUAUAAUUGUUUAUUAUAUAUGCUCCCUAAAGCACAUUAAAAAAAGUUAAGUAUACUAGGUUAUGAAAUUUUAUUAACUAUAAAACUUUAGUUUAUCAUGUAUGUUAUAUUCGGAAAUUUACGUUUUUAGACAAUAACCUCGCAUAUUCAUUUCUUUUAUCCACCAUUACUCGUUCUUUUUUUAAAAUUAAUUGAUUAAAUAAAAAAUAGUGACAAGUUUAUAUGAAAAAAAUUAAUUAUCGUAAAUGUGUAAAUAUUGACAUUGUAAUUCAAUAAAAUUAUUUACUUUUGCAACUAAUGAUAUAAAUAAUAGUAUUAUUUUCUUCAUUUCUUCCCCAAAAUAAGUAUGUAUUUUAAUGCUUACUAACCAUAAUAACAAUUAUUUAUUGUUGUUUAGUCAUAGGUGCACAUUUCAAUUUACAAAUAUUUUACAACACAAAUGUAGUAUUGCAUUUAUUUCAUAAAUGAAUGUAAAAGAUUUAGAAAUUAAAAAAACAUUAAUUUAAAAUAAAUACCCAACUUUGAAUUUUUCAAAGUAAAAGAAAAUAGUUCUUUUAUCAUCAUUAGAGUUUCUGUAUUAAACCUUUUUUCUCAUUGCAAUCAUAAAAUAUUUUAUAUUUUAUUCAUGCGCAAAAUGGACUAAAUAUUUGUACGGAUAUACAGUGUUAAUUCAUUCGUUUAUUUAAUUUUUUUUUUUCAAAAAUAAUGAACAAAUUAUUUUGGUUGUAACCAAUCCCAAAAAAUUAUUUUCAUUAAAAUGUUUAAAUUGUUAACAACGAACUUAUUGUAGUCAUUAUUGUUAUUGUUUAAAUAAUUCAAUUUAUGAGUGUAGAUCUUUUUUAGUUAUUGUUCUUCAAAAAGCUGUCUUUAAUUAAAAUUGGAUGUGUAUUUUAUAUUAGAAAAAAAUGUUUUUAAGUCUUAUUUUUUUUUUCUCAAUAAUGUAACCACAUUUAUGUUUGGGGCCAAAUAAUGUUCACGUCUUCUAUAAACUAUAAACUCUGAAAAUAAAAAUACAAUUCUUAAUAAUUUCAUUUUUAUUCAAAAUGCCACGAAAUUUGUGUAAAUUAAUGUUUUGUUUGAUUGUUAAUAAGAUAGUUGAAUUAUGUUGUUUUUUAUUAUUAUUAUUAUUAUUUUUAAUUUAAUUUUUUAUAAUAUAAAUAUACAUAUAUAUCUUAUUAUCGCUGUACAUAACAAAGAAUGUUUUAAUAUAGAUUAUUAUAUUUUGUCCAUAAAAAUGUAAAAUAUAUAUUGUUGAGACUGUAAAGACGUAUUGUAAAUGUAUUGUUUAUACAUAUAAAUAUAAUUUAUAAAUAUACACAAAUACUUGGUAUAUCAAAAUUCGUUUAACGUAGUGGUUUUCACAUUUUCUUAAUAAAAUUCCAAUUAUCUGCAUUUGUUGAUAUUAAUUUACAUGGACAAAUAGACAUUUUUUUAAACAGAAAAAGCAUGUGGAAAUUAUUUUCAUUUUUAAUUAAUGGAAUACAACAAUUAAUUAAAAUAUUUUACAAAAACAAAGUUUGUAUGAAGAUAACCACAAUAGAGUAUGAGUUUGGAGUUUAUAAUUUAACAAUGUUAUUUUAUAAUACUUAUCUAAAAAAGUUAAAAUUUAUAAAUCAAACUAAGCUUAUCAUUAACUUGUUUUGCACUGAAUGUUAUUAUUAAUUUAUACAUAUUGAUUUCCGGCAAUUAGCUCAUAUUUCAGUCUUAAUAUUAUUUCAAUACAUUUUUAUAACGAGAUGUAAGAAAAAAUUCAGUAUUUUUUCUAUGCUUUCAGUACUAUAAUAAAUAUACUUUAUAUAAUAUGUACUUGUAAAAAUAAGUGUUACUUAACAUUAUUCAUUGUCGAUUUAUAAAUAUAAUGGUUAUUGUUGUUGUUGAAUCAAUGUUUGUAUUGGAUACAAGUGGAAACCAUUAUGUUGUAUAGAUUUUGUUAAACCAUAUUGUAUUUAUUGUUAGGCAAAAAUAUCAUUAGGGUUUUUAUGUUGUUAAUACUCUAAAAAUCCAACCUUUUUUUUGCUUAUGAAAAUUAUUUUUUUUUUGUUUUAUGUAUAAAUAUAAAUUAGCAUCAUGUUUUUUUCUGCAAUAUCAGAAUUAUUAUGACAUAAUUUUGUGGAAAAAUGUCGCUCUCUAAUUGAAAAAAAAUUGUUAUUUGGAUAUAAUAUAAUUAUAAUUAAUAAAAUAUUUUAUCAGUUAUUUAUUUGUAU